GCGACGUGUGGCUGUCUGCUGCUGCGGAGAUCAGCUGCGAGGAGCUUUUUCUCAAAAAUGCUCCCCAAACUUCAGGGCCUGGAUGAACCGGCAGGACCCGCCGCCCUCCGCUCGGUCAGAGGCCGGACUGUAACGGGCUCAGGUGUCAACUGAAAACGAUGCAGUCUGUGCCCAUGGAGGUGGGAAGCAGCAGCAGCAGCGGCUCAGUGGUUCAGGUUUGCUUCCCCGGCGCUCAGACCUCGGUGCUGGACAGCCUGAACCGGCAGAGAGAGGACGGCAGCCUCUGCGACCUCUCCAUCCAUGUCCAGGGACAAGUGUUCAAGGCCCACCGCUGCGUCCUGGCUGCGUCCUCGCCCUACUUCCACGACCAGGUACUACUGAAGAACAUGUCCACGGUCUCCAUCCCGGCGGUGAUGGACCCGCUGGCGUUUGAGAGCGUGCUGAGCUGCGCCUACACGGGUCAGCUCCAGAUGCUCCGCGAUGACAUCGUCAACUACCUCACAGUGGGCAGCGUCCUGCAGAUGUGGCACAUUGUGGACAAAUGCACGGAGCUACUGAAGGAGGGCCGAGCCGCGGCGGCAGGAGGGAGCAGCGGAGGUGGAGGAGGUGGGGCUGUGCAGGAUGGAAUAAGUGGAGCUGGAGGAUCAGCCAACUCUGGCUGUAGCAGCAGCAAUGGUGACGGUGGAGCAGGUGGUGGUAAUGGAGCUGCUGGUGCUGGAAGUGUUGGUCAAGUCCAGGUUGUUGAGUCUAACGAGCCCCCACGAGCCUCCCAGCCUCCCAGCCGCCCGUCGGUGAGCGAGAGCCAAUCACCCAGCAGCACCAACUACUUCAGCCCCAGGGACGGGAGCAGCUUUGGGGGAGGUGGCGCGGCUGCAACGGGAGCUUCUGGGGAUGGAGGCGGGGCUAACAACACCCCCAGCUACUGCACUCCAUCAGGAGGCGAAGAAGCCUUCCUUAUUGAGGAGGAAGAGGAAGCCGAGGAGGAAGAGGAGGAGGUGCUGUACCAUCAAAGGAAACGAGGAAGCACAGGAGGAGGAGGCAGCGGGAGGAGGAAGAAGAUGAGCUCAGUGUCAGAGCAGGAGGUCGGGGUCAGCGACAGCUUUGGGGUUUCAUCCUAUCAGGACGGAGAGGACUCUGCGUUGCCGCUGCAGAAGCGUCCCACCUACAGCCAGCCCAGCAUCAUGCCUCGCAAGCAGUGGGUGGUGGUGAAAACCGAACGGACAGAGGACGACGACCUGAUCGUGGUCUCCGGGGAGGAAGGAGGAGAAGACGAGGAGGACGAGGAUGAGAGGGAGAUGGAGCUGGCACGAGAGCGGGAAAGGAGCAACUUCAACAUCUCAAACGUCAGGAGCCUUUCAGGCGAGCUCGGGGGCAGAGCGGACAACGACAUGGACUCACAGGUCGACUACUGCCAGUCUUCAGAAGACUACCUCAAGUUUGAAGGAAGUCUCAUGGACCAAACUUUAGCGCAACACCUUCACGACGGCGCUGCAGGUCAGAACCAGAACGCUAACCGAGCGGUUUCGGCGCUGCUGGGUCAGGUUCAGUCUGCAGCCUCGGCCCGGGCUCAGCUCUUCCCACUGGACAUGCAGGGAAACCAGAUCCUGCUGUACAGCCAGGCCUCCGGACUCCCGCUGGAUGCUAGCGCGCCGCCUUUGGGGAUGGCAGGCAGUAUGAUCGGAGGGUCUUCCUUCAAAGGUCCCAGUAUGGAGCAUGGUGCGGUCCACCUGUCGGUGCAGGGUGGUUUGGGGGUGGAUGGCGCAGAGAGCGGAGGAAUCGGAGGUGGAGGCGGCAGCAGUGGCGGCGGCUCUGGGGGUUCAGGGAAAGUGUUCAUGUGUCACUGCGGGAAGACCUUCACCCACAAGAGCAUGAGGGACCGCCACAUUAACAUGCACCUGGACCUGCGUCCCUUCCACUGCCCCGUCUGCGCCAAGAAGUUCAAGAUGAAGCAUCACCUCACCGAGCACAUGAAGACGCACACGGGCCUGAAGCCGUACGACUGCCUCGGCUGCGGCAAGAAGUUCAUGUGGCGCGACAGCUUCAUGAGGCACCGCUCGCACUGCGAGAGGCGCAGCGGGCUGGGAGAGAGCGGCGAAGGUGGAAGCGGCAGCGACGGAGGGAGGAGAGGUGGAGGAGGAGGUGAGGAUGGUCCAGAUCUGAUUUCCUCCCCUCACCUCCUCUUGUCUGCAGAUGAUGCUGCUGGUACCAGUUUGAAGCCCAGCCUGAGGAUUCAGCUCCGAGAAAACAAAGAGCCACGUGUAACAUAUAGACUGUAUGUAGAAGAUGGACACAGCCACCAUGACAUGUUGUAGCUACUCCAACUACUGACUAUGGAACACACCACAAAUGAGGAAACCGUGUAUAUAAAUAGGCACAGAUUUCUGCUAGUUAGACUCAUAACAGACUAAUAAUUAAAGAUACUAGAAUUUCAAAACUGAAGCACAGACAUGUUGUACCUCAUAGUAAGAUAACUUACUAUGAUAAGAUAACUUAUAGUAAGACACAUCCUAACUUUGGGCCUUUGUAAAAUCUAAUGAAGUGAAUUAUAUGGAGUACAGCUGAUAUGAAAAAGGAAAGUACUAAUAGAAGGCAAGAUAACUUUGUACCAGGCUUUAAAGGGCUGGGAGGAGACUUUGGGGCAGAACCAGAUGAGCUGGAGGAGGUAACUGAACUCAGCUUAGACCCAGAUACGCAGCAGAAAAUGGGUGGAUGGCCUUAGACAUGUUUAUUCCUUCUUUGAAAUAACCUGUGUUUGCUUAACUUUUCAUGCCCGGGCUUUUCCGUUUGGUAUAAAUGAUAAUAAAUAAUAAACUGUGCUCUUGCAUGGUCUGCAGAUCACAGGGCUCAGAGUGUAAAACACCUGCUAGCCUCAAACUGAAGCUCAGCAAACAUCAGCAAAUAUGUUACAAAAUAAAAGCUUUGAAACAUCCAGCACAAACAACAGUUACACCAUUAAAGUUUAAGUCUGUAGCAACAAAAUGGAAACUGGACUUUAAGCCUGUGUUGGAUUUACACGUGGUUCUUUCUUUUAGCUGAAGCUUCAGUAGCGCCGUCACAAAGGGAAGCCUGUUGAUCUCAGUCAUGUAUGAAGGGAGGAAUAUUUCUUUAGGCUGCUCAUUUAUUGACGUGUACAGCUCGAGCCUGACUGAAGUGACUUUCAAACUUGUUCGCGUGUAGAAAUUUAUUUCAGCUCUACACAAACACAAACACUACCUGUAACUGAUCACUUCCCCUCUGGAGCUUUUAUAGCUGGAGGCGACUAACUCACUGUUUUGCUGCUGCUUUCACUUUAUUACUUUGUUGUUUGCAGAGUUUUUGCGCUUUGAGGAGUAUAAAAUAUACUUAUUGCUGUAAAUAUAUACAAAUAUAUGUCAUCUACUCAUCAGGCCGGGAGCAAAGUCUCGAUGCAGAUGCUGUUUGAUCUGAUUUUUCAGAGGAGGAAGUAUGUCAGAGUUUCUCUACAAGGUUUCCUAAAAAUCCUCCUACCCUGCAGCCAUCUGUUCAGUAAUGUUUAGUUCACUGAGGUCUUAUCUAAGCUACACAGUGUACCUCCUCUAAGUGUCUGACAGCACAUUUAGAUAAAGUUAUGGAGGCGGGUGAAGACUGAACCUCAUCUUCAGCAGCUGUUCUGCACACUGAGAGUCAAAUAUCGUUUAUUUUGUUUGUCAUGAAGAGAGAUUUCUGUCCUUGGAUUUCCUUAUAUUUUUUUUAUUUUCACAUGCUUUCUGCUUCUUUUAGAUUUCUUUAAAGGUUCUUUGAGAAAAACGUGUUCCAGAAGUUUGUAAAUACACCGAAUUUUGACGGUUUGAUGACCACAUUGUUCUCUGAGCUUGAUUGGUCAUUGAGCUCACCUGACCUAAGCAUUAAUGAAGAAUCAUGAAGAGAAAGAUGAGAAACACUCGACCCAAAAUGAGAUGAGCUGAAGCGCACAUCAAAGCAACCUGGGCUCCAAUAAUAAUCAUUACAGUUUGAAAACUUCCAAUAUUUGACUUUAUGUGUAAUGAAUCUGAACACAGAAUAUAUGAAUAUUUGAUAGUUGUGAUAUUCAAAUGUUCUGAGAUGCACGAGUAUACAACAUGAUCAUUUUUUAUGACAGGUGCUUCUUUUGGAGUAGACGAUUAGAUUUUGGAGCAUAAUUCUAAAAAUGUUGCACAUUGAUGAGGGAACAACGACAUCAUUGUUGUACUGCUUAACCCUUAAAGCUAACAGGCUAGCAGACUGCCAUAAAAACAUAAUAAUAUAGGUUAUUAUUGAGCUUUUAGAGAGAAGCUGAUUUAUAUAUACUUUAUUUGUAGAAGAACCUAAUGAGGCAGACAUUAUUUAAAACUUAAAGCAAAGGUGUGCAGUUAGUCAUGCUUUAAUUAUAUUUUUUAAAUAUUUUCCUCAGUAUGGUUUUUAAACUUUACUAACUGUUUAAAUAAUGAUUCAUUAAUUAAGUAAGUAAAAAAUAAUCGACCUUUUAAAGUCUUUUUGAGUUUUCUUUUAAAGCAAUGUUUUUGUUUAUUUACAUGUUGCUUGCAGAAGUUUAAAGUUUUUCUUUGUUCACUCACAAAAAAGUAAAAACACUGAACUCAGAUCAGUUUGUUUACUUUACAGAAAUGUAACCUCAUAGUUUCACUGUACAGUUUCUUCUUUAGACCCGCUGUGGUUUAAGUGCAGUACUUACUGUGUGCUGAGACUUUACAGCAUCAGUACUGUGUGAGGCGUUUAGGGACCGUUACUGCUGAAAACACAGACAGGUGUAUUAAACCACAGGUGAGCAGCUCUUCAGCCUAAAUCCCAUUUACUGUAGAGGAUUUCACUUUUUUCAGGCCACUAUUAUAAAAAAGAACGUAACCUUUAUGGCUUACCUGCCCAUGUUUUGUCAGUGCGCCAUCUUGUGGUACAAAUUGGUAUUGCACUGAAGUGCAAACACCCCCCCCCCCC